AAAGAAAUGUUCAAUCUAAGCGGAAUGAAUGGAUGCUCUGAUGCACUAAGGUGCCUUUGCCCACAUCUGUGCAAGAUGUCAUGAUUUUUUAAUCUUAUUUCUAAGCUGUUGCGCUCUCGUUUCCCGCAAUUUUCCCCGCGUUUGGUGACUGGUCAGGGUACCAUGGCAACAAGGAUGAAGCUGAAGCUGAAGACUGUGUUUGUGCUCUACUUCAUGGUCUCCCUCAUGGGCCUUGUCUACGCUCUGAUGCAGCUCGGUCAGCGCUGCGACUGCACAGAGCACGACUUGCCCAAAGACCGUACCAUAUCCCGGCUGCGGGGCGAGCUGCACCGUCUUCAGGAGCAGAUAAGGAAGUCCGAGGCGACCAAGCAGCCGCAGAAACAGCCAGCAAAGCCGUCCCAGCCCACCAUCUUUGUAAUCACCCCAACAUAUGCAAGGCUGGUGCAGAAGGCUGAGCUUACUCGUCUGUCUCAGACCUUCCUCCAUGUCCCUCAGCUCCACUGGAUCGUGGUGGAGGACUCGCCGCACAAGACGCCGCUCGUGGGUGACCUGUUGGUGAAGAGCGGCCUGGCCUACACACAUCUACACAUGCCCACCGCUAAGGACCGCAAACUGCAGGAGGGCGACCCCAGCUGGCUGAAGCCUCGUGGAGUUGAGCAGAGGAACGAAGGCCUCCGGUGGCUCCGAGAGGACAGGAGAGCUCAGCCGGGUGGAGACACCCAGCAGGGAGUGGUGUACUUUGCUGAUGACGAUAACACGUAUAGCCUGCAGAUAUUUGAAGAGAUGAGGGACACCAUGCGAGUCUCUGUGUGGCCGGUGGGGCUGGUUGGAGGGAUGAAAUAUGAGAGGCCUGUGGUUGAAGGAGGCAAAGUGAUUCGCUUCCACACUGGCUGGCGUCCAAGUCGCCCCUUCCCGAUGGACAUGGCCGGCUUCGCUGUGUCCCUCAAGCUGGUCCUGGCCAAUCCGGAGUCUUGCUUUGACGGAGAGGCACCAAUGGGCUUCCUGGAAAGCAGCUUCCUCCAGGGCUUGGUCACCAUGGACGAACUGGAGCCCAAAGCUGACGACUGCUCUAAGGUGCUGGUGUGGCACACGCGGACGGAGAAACCGAAGAUGAAAAGAGAGGAGGCUCUGCAGGCUCAGGGACUUGGCUCAGACCCUGCAGUCCAGGUCUGAGAAACACACACGUUGUCUCACACACACACACACAUCCCCCCCCCUCCCCCCCCCCACACACACACACACACACACACACACACACACACACACAUUGUAAAGCGUACUCUGCUGUUGAAUGCUGCACAUGUAAAUACUGUAAAACAGAAAAAAAAACUGCUCAGAGUUGGACAAACGUACCUUAUGACUCUGUUUUUGUUUUUCUUCUGUGUCAGGUAGUAAACGUAUGUGUGUAUAUAUUGAGUGAAGCGUGCGUGUUGUUACCACUGUGCUGGCUGUAUAUUAGUCUAUGUUUUGGGGUUUCAUUCAUUUCAGUGGCUGAAUAAGUUUAUCUCUGUUUUUAUGAACUCUGGAGUAAAUAAAAAAAAAAAAAAGUCCUGACGGGGGCUCCAGUGUUAAAUUUAGCAAAGCUGUUACACCACUAAUAACACUUUUUGCGUAAAGAUGGAGGCAUGAUGCAUCUUUUUACAGACGUCCAUUCCAGUAGAUUCUACAUGUUUGCUUGUUCUCAAUUGAAUUCCUGCUGUGUACCUCAUUCCAGUUAGAUCUUUUAAGGUAAAUACCUCCAGCCUCUUCUGUUUGAAGCUGCUGAUCUUUAACAUUCUCUUUCACUCAACCCUUAAGGAGGCAUAGUUGCAACUGAGCACUUUAUUCAUGCAUGGCUUCUGUUUUAAAAGAAAUUCUUAGCCAUAUAAACAUCAUCCUAGGCAUGAUAGUACUCUCUACUCUUCACAGCCGGGUCUAAUACAAAUGCCCGCUAUCGCUGUCAGAGUCAUAGUAUCUCGCAGAAAAGUAGUAGAAAGUUGCUUUUUUUUUUGACAGUCAUCAAUAUACACGAAGAAAGAAAAAAACCCCUAGAACUCAGCUGUCGAUAAAGGAAAAUGCUAAAUAGCUGCUGCCUUGUAUUUAGAGAGCUGUCAUUCACCUGUGUGACACACGCAUCUUGUGCAACUUAGCAACAUUGAGCUUUGAACACACACACACCACAAACACACCCAGUGUAGCUUUAGCAUCAAGAGCUCAAAUGUUGGCUUUCAAUCGUAUCAUAGCACAACGACAACAAUUAAUCAGCGUUUUAUUAUUUAUUAUUUCUAGUUUUAGUGACGCUUUUUAAAAAAAAACAAAAAAAAAAACAUAGGACUUUUAUUUUGAAAAGCAAUCGUUAAGCUCUGAUUAAGAGAGCAACGCUACAAAAGCUCAUAUCAAUAAGCAGUGUGUGAAUACGAAAAAACAAGCUCGACAUUGCCACAUUUCCACGCUCCAAUCAAUGACAAGAAAAAAGACUUGAAUUAGCCUUAACAGGCAGGGAAUCCCUGGUACUCUACAGAAGCAGUGUUUCAUUUCUACAUCGAGUGACACUCUCAGAGGUCGGAAUGAUUCAAGAGCGAGUGGUCCUCAGCUACUGUUGUAUGAUAGUGUACAAACAUCUAGUGCCUGCUUAGUAUUUAGUGCCUGUAAGUCAGUUCUUUACUGGUGUAUAAUGUAUUUAUUACUGUAAUAUUGUUCCUACAAUGUACUAUGUGAUCAUGUCUAUCCUUGGCCUUGACAAUAAACCUAGACAAUGACAAAAAG